AUGCCAUCAACAAGCCUUCGCGAGGCCAUCUACAACGCAGAGAUGCCGCAGUACUUAGAUUCUCAACAGAACGCUACAUGCCGUCACCGGCUACAUGCCGCAUUCGCCCAGGCCAUCUACAACGCAGAGACGUCGCAGUACUCAGCUUCUCAACAGAACACUACAUGUCGUCACCGAGCCUGCGCGAAGGCAUUCGCACAGGCCAUCUACAACGCCAGAGACGUUGCAGUACUUAGCUUCUCAACAGAACGCUACAUGUCGUCUACAACUUGCGCGAAGGACGGCGCUAUCUUCAGAGACCGUCAACAGAUGAUGAGCCUUAUAAAGGAUCUUCAGGCCGACUACCUACAUCAAGCAAGGUACUGGUUGACGGUGAGGCUGCACGGAUGGCGUGACACUCGCGCAAGUGAUCCUGUGCCGUUCACAACCAAUGUUGCCAGUGAUCCUGUGCCGUUCACAACCAAUGUUGCCAGUGAUCCUGUGCCGUUCACAACCAAUGUUCCCAGUGAUCCUGUGGCGUUCACAACCAAUGUUGCCAGUGAUCCUGUGCCGUUCACAACCAAUGUUCCCAGUGAUCCUGUGGCGUUCACACCCAAUGUUGCCAGUGAUCCUAUGGCGUUCACAACCAAUGUUGCCAGUGAUCCUAUGGCGUUCACAGCCAAUGUUGCCAGUGUACAUAUGGCGUUCACAACCAAUGUUGCCAGUGAUCCUAUGCCGUUCACAACCAAUGUUGCCAGUGAUCCUCUGACGCUUACAACCAAUGUUGCCAGUGAUCCUAUGCCGUUCAGAACCAAUGUUCCCAGUGAUCCUGUGCCGUUCACAGCCAAUGUUUCCACCAAUGUUGCCAGUGAUCCUAUGCCUUUCACAACCAAUGUUGCCAGUGAUCCUAUGCCGUUCACAGCAAAUGUUGCCAGUGAUCCUAUGGCGUUCACAACCAAUGUUGCCAGUGACCCUAUGGCGUUCACAGCCAAUGUUCCCAGUGAUCCUAUGGCGUUCACAACCAAUGUUGCCAGUGACCCUAUGGCGUUCACAACCAAUGUUGCCAGUGAUACUAUGCAGUUCACAGCCAAUGUUGCCAGUGAUCCUAUGCCGUUCACAACCAAUGUUGCCAGUGAUCCUAUGCCGUUCACAACCAAUGUUGCCAGUGAUCCUAUGGCGUUCACAACCAAUGUUCCCAGUGACCCUAUGGCGUUCACAGCCAAUGUUGCCAGUGAUCCUAUGGCGUUCACAGCCAAUGUUGCCAGUGACCCUAUGGCAUUCACAACCAAUGUUGCCACCGAUAUUGCCACUAAUCCUAUAGCGUUCACAAACAAUGUUGCCAGUGAUCCUAUAGCGUUCAAUGCCAAUGAUGCCAGUGAUCCUAUGGCAUUCACAACCAAUGUUGCCAGUGAUCCUAUUGCGUUCAAAGCCAAUGUUGCCAGUGAUCCUAUGGCAUUCACAACCAAUGUUGCCAGUGAUCCUAUGGCAUACACAACCAAUGUUGCCAGUGAUCCUAUGGCAUUCACAACCAAUGUUGCCAGUGAUCCUAUUGCGUUCACAGCCAAUGUUGCCACCGAUAUUGCCACUAAUCCUAUAGCGUUCACAAACAAUGUUACCAGUGAUCCUAUAGCGUUCAAUGCCAAUGAUGCCAGUGAACCCAUGGCAUUCACAACCAAUGUUGCCAGUGAUCCUAUUGCGUUCACAGCCAAUGUUGCCACUGAUCCUAUGGCAUUCACAACCAAUGUUGCCAGUGAUCCUAUGGCAUACACAACCAAUGUUGCCAGUGAUCCUAUGGCAUUCACAACCAAUGUUGCCAGUGAUCCCAUUGCGUUCACAGCCAAUGUUGCCAGUGAUCCUAUGGCAUUCACAACCAAUGUUGCCAGUGAUCCUAUUGUGUUCACAAGCAAUGUUCCUAGUGAUCCUAUGGCAUUCACAACCAAUGUUGCCAGUGAUCCUAUAGCAUUCACAACCAAUUUUGCCAGUGAUCCUGUGGCAUUCACAACCAAUGUUGCCAGUGAUCCUAUGGCAUUUUUAACUAAUUAUCGGGACAACCAUAGCGUGGAACCCUCUAAAACUUUAAGGAAUUAA